AAUUCCAUUUGGUGUCGCUAGUGGUGCAAACGCAUACAGCAGAUUUUUACUGUAGCGUCCGAGACGUUUCAAACUCGCAUGCGAUUUUAUACCCAUUUUAAAUUAUUAUUUGUUGAACCACCAGGUAAUUUCACUAUCACAUUUUAAACAUAGCAUAAAGGGGAUUAUAAAAUACUCACGACACCAAAACAUCAUUGCAUCGUCUGUAUGAUUAAGAACCACGCGGAUUCAUAACAACUGCACAGUAUACGGAUGAACUGUUUUUAGGAAUGGCUGAAGACUCUUGCUCUGUGAAAGAGAUGGAAACAGAGUUGAAAGAUAAUCCAUGCUCGAGUGAAGAUGCUUUUGCAGUAAACCCAAAGAAAAAGAAAUCAAAGGCCAAAGGAAAGGUGAAGUCUCAGCAUGAAGGGAAGGAGAAAACGCAUAGGAAGAUGAAAAUGCCUAAAGUGGAGAGCAUGGACUUUGAAGACAGAAGGUCUAAGGUGAAUGUGAAGGAAGAGCCAGACAAAGAUCCAGACUUUGUAACAGAAGGGAAAGGGAAAAAGAGGAAAAGAAAAGUGGAUAAAACGGAUGGUCGCUCUUCUACCUCUGAAGCACCUUUGCCGAAGAAGAAGAAGAAAGUUGCAGAAGAGGGACAGGGAAACUCUCCAACAGCAAAGAAGAAAAAAAUUAAGGAAAAAAAAGAAAAGGUGAAAAAAGAGGAAGGAGGGUGUUCUGUCUCCACUAAGAAGAAGAAAACCAAGGAGGAGAUUGUGGCAGCCAGGGCUCUCAAGAUAAAGCAGAAAGAGGAGGAAGAGAAACAAAGAUGGAGAUGGUGGGAAGAAGAGAAGUAUGAGGAUGGAAUUAAAUGGAAGUUUCUAGAACACAAAGGGCCAUAUUUCCCCCCUGAGUAUCAACCCCUACCAGAUGAUGUGAAGUUUUACUAUAAUGGAAAAGCAGUGAAACUCAGUCUGCCAGCUGAGGAAGUGGCACUUUUCUUUGCUCAAAUGUUGGAUCACGAAUACACAACAAAAGAGGUCUUCCGCAAUAACUUCUUCAGGGACUGGAGGAAGGAGAUGACUUUGGAAGAGAGACAGCUAAUCAUGGAUCUAAGCAAGUGUGAUUUUGUGGAGCUCCAUGCUAUGCACAAACAAAAGGUGGAAGCCAGAAAGAAUAUGAGCAAAGAGGAGAAGUUGGUUAAUAAAGAGGUCAAUCAAAAAAUUGUUGAUGAGUAUGGGUUCUGUGUGUUGGACCACCAUCGUGAGCGCAUCGGGAACUUUAAGAUAGAACCUCCAGGGCUUUUCCGAGGCAGAGGAGACCAUCCUAAACAGGGAAUGUUGAAGAAGAGGAUUCAACCUGAAGACGUCAUUAUCAACUGCAGCAAGGACUCUCGUAUCCCAGAACCUCCUGCUGGUCACCGCUGGAAGGAAGUUCGUCAUGACAACACUGUGACGUGGCUAGCCAGCUGGAAUGAGAACGUACAAGGAUCUUGUAAAUAUGUGAUGCUCAAUGCCAACUCCAAACUUAAGGGUGAGAAGGAUUGGGAAAAGUAUGAGGUGGCUCGUAGACUAAAGUCGUGUGUGGAUGCCAUCCGAACCCAGUACCAGGAGGACCUCAAAUCUAAACAGAUGGGCACACGCCAGAGAGCCGUAGCCCUCUACUUUAUCGACAAGCUGGCUCUGAGAGCAGGUAAUGAAAAGGAAGAGGGUGAGACGGCAGACACCGUGGGUUGUUGCUCACUACGCGUGGAGCACAUCACUUUACACGACACACUGGAUGGGCAAAAGUGUGUGGUAGAGUUCGACUUUCUGGGUAAAGAUUGCAUCCGCUACUACAACAAGGUUCCUGUGGCCAAAAGGGUUUACAAAAACCUCAAGCUUUUCAUGGAAAACAAGCAAGGAGGAGACGACCUCUUUGAUCGACUGAAUACUCAAGUGCUGAAUAAACACCUGACUUCCCUCAUGCCAGGAUUAACUGCAAAGGUUUUUAGGACAUACAACGCCUCUAUAACCCUGCAGCAACAGCUGAAAGAACUUAGCAACAUGAAGGAUAAUGUGGCGGAGAAGUUGCUCUCUUACAACAGGGCAAACCGUGCGGUUGCAAUUCUAUGUAACCAUCAGCGGGCGCCGCCAAAGACCUUCGAACAAUCCAUGGCUAACCUGCAAGCAAAGAUUGACAGCAGGAAGGAGCAGCUGGACUUGGCUAAGAAAGAGCUAAAGCAGGCCAAGAAAGAAGCCAAAGGGAGCUCAGACAACAAGCUGCUCAUUGUGGUGGAGAAGAAGAAGAAAGCUGUGCAGAGGUGUGAGGAACAGUUGCUGAAGAUGGAGGUUCAGGCUACAGACAGAGAAGAGAACAAACAGAUCGCCCUGGGCACCUCCAAACUCAACUACCUGGAUCCACGCAUCACCGUGGCCUGGUGUAAGAACAUGGAGGUGCCGCUGGAUAAAAUUUACAACAAAAGCCUAAGGGAUAAGUUUGCCUGGGCUGUCGACAUGACUGAACAUGACUUUGUGUUCUGAGUGUGAUUUGUUCGUUUUCCAAUUCAACACAGUGUUUUAUACAAAACAUACAUCUUAAUCGAAACUGUUAACUGAAUUGUACAGCCAUGUUCUUUGGUGGUAUUGUUGGCACUUUUUUAUUGUUCUUUUUUUUUUUAUAUUGUUUAAUCAAAUUCAGUUCUAAAUUAUUUUAAGAAAGUUCAAUAAAUGUUUAUGCCUUGUA